UACGUCACGUGGUAUAAUACCAAGCCGCUAGCAAGCUAACGCUUUUUAGCACUGCUGUCAACAAACGGAUAUGUUGCUUUUUUCAACCAGUCUUUCAUCGAAUUUUCAUUGAAGACGUCAAUCAUCAGCUUUUUGUCAGGAGUUCUUUGUGAGCAGCAGGAGCCCUAGGCUGUGCCACUGUAGAGAGAAGAAUCAAUGGUGUGCAGAGUUGCCACACCGCCUUGUGCACGCUGGAUGAACGCAACGUUACUCAGCACACAACGGCAGCACAUUUAUGGCGUUUGUGAGGGUGCCGCACUGUGGAGACUUUUGCCAGGCACAGCACCAGCACCUGUGAGCAGCCUGCAGCCAAACAUAUGAAGAAAUACCCCACCAGAAGUCGACCAGUACUCCUGGAGAGAGAGGGGCUGAUAUUUAUCCAAGUAUAUGGCUUGGAUUGAGCUAAUCCAMCCACUAAACAACCACUAAAUAAUUCCUGAAUGGGCUAGUUGGGAUUUAAAAUCUAAAGGGAUACCCCUUUUCUUUCUUUUGUUUCCUUUUCAUAUUCCACUUUUUAUUUACUUUUGCCCCAUUCUCCAUAGCCUAUAUCUUUCAAUAACCACCUUUAUACUCAAUCUAGCUACCAUUUUGGAGUACUUUUCUCUACUACUGUACACCCUCUCCUGGAAGACUGCCUUCUCUGUCUGUCAAGAUGAAUCGCCCCGCCCCUGUUGAGAUCUCCCAUGACUGUAUGAAGUUUCUGAUCACCCACAAUCCCACCAACUCCCAGCUGGUGAAGUUUAUAGAGGAUCUGAAGGCUUUUGGAGUGCAGACACUGGUCAGAGUGUGUGAUGCCACUUACGACAAAACCCCUGUGGAGCAGGAAGGCAUCACUGUUGUGGAUUGGCCCUUUGACGAUGGUUCUUCACCCCCUGAACAAGUCGUUGAUGACUGGCUCAACCUCCUGAAGUGUAAAUUCAGAGAGGAACCCGGUUGUUGCAUUGCAGUGCAUUGUGUGGCGGGGUUGGGUCGAGCCCCAGUCCUGGUAGCGUUGGCGUUGAUUGAGUGUGGGAUGGAGUAUGAAGAUGCUGUUCACUUUAUAAGACAAAAGAGACGUGGAGCCUUCAACUCAAAACAACUAAUGUACCUCGAAAACUACAAGCCCAAGAUGCGUCUCCGCUUCAAAGAUGCCAAUGGACAAAAUUGCUGCAUUCAGUAAGAAGAUAAGCGGUAUUGGCAAGAUUUACUCAACAAAGAAACUGACUACUAUAAGAAAAGUUAUUGAUUAUACUCAAAUAAUAAAAAAUAUAUACUGAAAGAAAAAAAACUUAUUGAUUACCAGUCUAAAUAGUAACAUUUAAUUUGAUCAAAGUAAACAAUGUGAAAAGACCAGUUAGAGAUGAAUCUGAGUUGUUAGCACUGCUGUUUUCCUAAACUACUGUAGUGAUUCAUUAAAGCAAGAUGUUUAAAAUUGUU